CUAUUCUUAAAAAUGUUCCUGCGGUCAUUUUAUAAAUAUACCAGUCAUACCAUCCUUACACUACCACAAGUAUUCAGUCACCAAAAUGUCCUUAUCCACCGUUCUCAUUCCGUAAUACACGCAUGGAACCCAACAUCACAACAAAAAUUCACUUUUGUAAAACACAUCAAAAGGGCAUCCUGGCGACUGGAAAGUUCUUCCUCACAGUUUCAACCACCAGAGCCUCAAAAGCAACCCGGACCACCACCAAUUAAACCACCUCCACCUCCUGUUCCCAAAAAGCAAGAAAAUCAACUGGAACAACUAAAACCAAUCCCAUCUGAGCUUACAAAAGAAGGGCCAAAAAUGGUUACAAAAAUACCAGAAACACAAUUGGACAUUACAAGUAAAAAGUUUGGUUGGAUCGUGUCGGGAACAGCAAUUGGUUUGAUGUCUGCGUUCUUCGGGAAAUUAUACAUGCUGUUUGGAGCUGUUCCAUUGUUCCUAUAUCAUUCCAAAGAUCUGGAUGUUCUAUCAAAGACAUUUAGCAGAGAUUCAACGUUCUUAUGGAGGUAUUCAAAAUGUUGGCUGCUAUCCAAACGUAUCAAAAACAACAACUUAACCCUAUCUAAAGUUUUUCAACAACAAGAGAAGAAACAUCCAGAUAAGCUAAUGUUACAGUUACAUGAUCAAAACUGGAAGUAUAAGGAUGUAGCAAGUUACGCCAACAGGACCUCUCGUUUAAUGCAAAAGUACGGUUUUCAAAAAGGAGAUGUCGUUGCGAUGUUUGCGCUGAAUAGCCCUGAAAUGGUCGCCAUUGUUCUUGGCAUGGCCAACAUCGGCAUCAUCACGACACUUAUAAGCACUGAGCUACGUAAUAAAGGUUUGACAAAGGCUAUCAAACAAUCAGGAUGCACAGGAAUAAUUUUUGAUGAUGAAUUAAUGCAUGCUUUUGGAGACGUUUAUAAAAACUUUGAAGGUAUUAAAAUCUUUCAAAUGAGGCACAAGGCAAAACAACCAGAAUUUCGUGUUUUGGAAGAAGAAUUAUUAAAGGAAUACAAUGAUUUACCGGAAGUUUUUGUCCAAGUGCAUCAUGACGAUCCUCUUCUGUAUAUGUUCGCACCAGAAGAUACCGUGUUUAAAAAACCGAUUGUUAUUACACACGAGAAAUUUUUAUAUAAUGCGAGUGCUACCGCAAUGAUGCUUGAUUUGAACGCAUCAGAAAAGAUUUACAAUCCGACGCCAUUACAUGAAACAUCCGGCAUGAUUUUGGGCAUUGGUCCCUCCAUUACAAAUGGCGUAUCUACCGUACUACGAUCCAAGUUUUCCGCCUCGGAUUACUUCCGGGAGUGUUACGUUUACAAUUGCACUGUGGGACAAUACUCAGGCAGCAUGUGUAAGCAACUUCUUCUGAGUCCUGUGAGUCCAAUAGAGACAUUUCACCCUGUUAGGGCGAUGUACGGUACUGGACUGGAAAGUGAUUAUUGGCAAGAGUUUGUGGACAGAUUUGGGACUAAAAUGUAUGAAGUGCAUGACGUUUCACAAGAAGACAUUGAUUUAAUUAACCUGGAAGGAAAGAUAGGAGUACUUGGUUUCCGGCCAAAACUAAUUCCUAGUUUUGUAUUCCCACAUUAUGUAAUCAAAGUAUUUGGAAAGGAAAACAUUCCCGUUCGCAGUGCAAAUGGAUUAUGUCAAUUGAGUGAAUAUGGUGAACCUGGAAUGUUAAUCAAACUCUGGACGGAAACUGAAAAUUUACCUCCAAAUGUGAAAACAAUCCAAAACAUUUUCAAAAGAGGUGAUAUGGCUAUUACAGCAGGGGAAAUAUUAACAAUUGAUGAAAAGCUGUACUUACGUCCACUUAAAAAGCACCUUGAUAAAUCCUGGAUGAAUAAACUUGUUACAUCGGAAGAAGUGGAGUACAUAGCAUCAAAGUUCACCAGUAAACGAUGUGUUGCCUAUAGUCUACCAAUGGGAUACAAGCAAGACAUUGAAAUACUUGCAAUAGAAGAUCCUAAGAAGACGUUGGAUAUGAAAAAGUUUACCGAUGAUUUGAUUGAUCAUUUGCCCAAGAAUUGGAUACCACAUUACGUCCGUAUCGUAGCCAAGUUUGAAUUACUGGAUUCAAAGAAAGUGGAUAAACAACGUUUAAUCAACCAGGGAUUAAACAUGGAAGGUGAUUUGGUUCAUUACUUUGAUAAGAACUUAAUGUGUUACAAGCCAUUAAUCUGGACCACAACAAAUCGGCCACAAAUGUUUGUCAAUGAAUCAAAAAUCCAACCAUUAAUGGAAGCUGAUAUGACAGUGCCUGUAGCUUCACCACAAGAAGAGCUUAAGGUUGAUAAAGUUGAACCUAAUCAUAGUAAAACAAACAAUAUGACUGUUAAUAAGAAGAUGGAUGCGAUAAAAUCAAGAACCAUUAUUUCAGUGACAAUUACUUCACCGUCACAGGAAGCAAAACAACAUCAGACUGCUCCUGUGGUAAAAGAAAAGAAACCAAUCACGCAGUAUACGAGUACUAAACCCAUAGUAACCAAUAUACUUGAUGCCAUUGAGACAGCUAACAAAGCAGAAUCAAUCACAACACAUCCUCCAUUAUCAGACCAAACAAGAAUGGGAGCAAGUACAAAACCUGCAGAAAAAGACAGCGUAUCAAUCAAAGCUGAGCCCAAUAAAGUUCCAACAAAAUAUACUGUACUGACAGAACCAGUCAUGAAUCAGGUAAUGAAAGAACGAUUUUCGGCAGAAAUCAAAACUAGCAGCACAUCACUGCGAAAACCAAACAGCACAUCGAGUUUGGUAGAUAAAAAGACCGCCAUGUUGAUUAAGAACAUAACUCAGUUGAAAGCUGAUGCUAAAAGAAUGGAAAAAUCAUCUGAACCACCAAAAACUGAAACAAUACAAGUAAAAACACCUGAAAUAAAGAAAACUGAAUCAACUAUGCUUUCAGUGACUCCAGAAGCACCAGCAAAAGCAAAAAUAACUAACUCUGCAGGACAAGAAAAAAACCCUGACACAAACAAGAAAUUAUAAACUGAGGUGUUUGGAAUAUUC